AUUCAUCUCAGCAGACCAGAACCAUGUCUGGGGUACAGAGUGCUCUGCUGGAGGAUUCUUUAGCCAGGCUCGAUGCUGCUCUCGGCUCACCUGGAGGCGGGGUAAUGAGGACCCCAAGAGCCUUCCGAAGACCCAAUCCAACAGGAAGCAAGAUUGGACUGGAUGUCAUAUCAAUGGUUGGAGAUGAACCUUCUCCUUCCUUCUCUGCACCGGCAGUCCAUGCUUCUCACAUUGGCAUGAGUAUGAUGGACAGCCCCAGCAUGAUAAUGGAGGACGUAACAGCACCUCCCAUCCAUGCGACACUACUGGGUGAUGCUACCCUGGACUUCACGAGUGUUGCUCUCCUGGCUGAUGAUGAUCCUGGCGUCCGAGCCACUCAGCUUCUGUUCUCAGAGUUCAUAAACAUAAUGGUGGCCAACCCAUCCGAGUCACAAGUCUGGCAGGAGUUGGAACAGUACCAGGAUGUCUGUGCGCAGCAGGUGGAGGUUCUGGCCAAGCUCCUCCGUAAAGCACCCAGACACCAUGCUAAUUUCACACGCACACAGCAGGUAUACCAGCAGCUUCUUAGUGAACGAAACACUUGGCGGCUCCUGGGGUCACUGUACAUGGAGAGGAUGGGAGAGGAGGAGAAUAACAGAGAUUCCCCGAUGUCAGGAGAAGAAGCCACCACAGAUUUGACGGUUGUCACCCGUCUCUAUGACACCAACCGUACUAUCAGAGAGGCCCAGAUUGUGAUUGACUGGCUGGAGAAAAAUGCAGCUGAUGACUUUGACCGGAAGUUUUAUGACAGAGUUGAAUAUUUUGGUGAUACCCACAUUGGUUGGGAAAACACUCUAAAAUCACUGAAGAGUGAGAGUAGCGGAGUCUCCAUACCUUUCCGAGGGACACGGUCAUUAGUCACGUCCCUAGACCCAGAUGCCCCUGUGCGCCAGGGGAAACCUCUGCAUGACCUUGACCAUGAAGAUGAGAUGAGGCUGAUGAGGUGUGUGUUUGCCUAUGUAAGGUCGGGUCAGGUUGCAGCAGCAGAGGAACUUUGUGUCAAAGCAGGUCACCACUGGAGAGCUGCGACUCUGGAAGGUUGGAAGCUCCACCAUGACCCUAAUCCUCUGAACCCCUCUCAGCGCAACCCAAUUUCGGGAAAUCCAUACAGGGAUGUAUGGAAGGCAGUAGCCUGGCGAGCUGCUAGUGAUGAACGCUUGCCUCAGUAUGAACGCGCAAUUUAUGGGGCACUUUGUGGUCACCUACAAGCCGUUUUAGGGGUGUGUCACGAGUGGCAGGAUGUCCUCUGGGCAUAUAGUCGCACAAUGGUUGACCAGUGGGUUGAGGAGCAGCUUCGAGGGGCUACUACGCAUCUACGACCAUUGCACCCACUCCCCAAAGAUUUCCCAGAAGAAAAGUUGAGCAUGAAAGCAGUGUUUGAGUCCGUUGAGCAAAGGCCAGAGGUACAGCAGCAGCGUCGCAACAACCCCUAUCAUCUCCUGCAGAAAUACAUCAUUCUUGACGAUGUGGAAAGCCUCCUCCGCGAAGCUCACGUCUGGCUGAAUGAUGGCCUUGCUCCACACCUGCUGCGCUGCCUCACACAUGUGGUACUCUUCCUCAGGAAAAUAGGAAGAAUCUCCCAGCAGCAAGAGAGCCUGUGCACAGAUAUCAUGGAAGCCUGUGUUAAGGAAUCUAUUGAGCGAGGCGACGUAGAACAAGUGGCUUGGUACACGUCCGUCUUGCCAGUGUGGUUGCAAGUGGAAUGGUAUGCUCGCUUCCUCCACAACAUAUCAGACGACCACCACCGCCGCCAUGCCUUGCAACUGGCAGCCACGGUUGGCCUCGAUACCCGUGCCAUAACCUCAACAGUCGUGACCAACAUAAGAUUGUCAGGCAGUCGGGACCCAGAGAGCGAGGUAGUCUCAGAGACAACCGGAGACGACAGAGUUAAAAUCAGUGCCAUUGAUUGGCUCUUGUACGACCCCAAGCAGAGGGCAGAAGCUCUUCGUCAAGCCAAUGCCCUUUUGCGAACACUUCUCAUAUCCAGAAAAAUUGCUACUGCCAAAAUUUUGUUCAAAAAGAUUCCUAGUGACUCAGUUAAUGUCAUAAUUCAAGAGCACGAAGCAGAAACAGGGUCCAGAGACUUGACAACCCAGUCCGAUAAUAUUGUUCGGGAAUAUCUUUGCAUCAGGACAUUCCUGGAUGCCCAGGACUCCUUCACCGACUGGUUCGACCACUAUCACCAGAAGAGGCCCCAACCACCAAAGAAGCCAACUGCAGGCUCCAACUUCUCCCAGCAGGUGGCGUACGAGCAGGCAGAGCAGCAGCACAACGGGGAGUUGGACCGAUGGAAACACACCCUGUCCCUCAUCACAAAAACGGCAUGUGACCGGCUGUACAACGUGCUUCUGUUCCCUGAGGGGGGAUGGCUGGUUGAUUCCGGCCUGGAGGACCAGGAGAUCGACACCUCUGCUAAAGAUACCAUCAGUAGCCGGGAGAUGAGACUAGACAAUCAAGAGCCAGAUCGUGCCCAGCAGAUGUCCGUGUUACGCUCAAUCUACAUCCCUCAGGUAACUUCCCUGCUGCAAAACAUUCUACACUCAACAGAAAACUACAAGGAAUCAGUUAGACUUGCAGACAUCAUUGCAUCCGAGCAACAUCAACUGUACAAGGCCUUUGGAUCGUGUGAACUACAGCGGUUCUUGAUAAAGCUUCAGGAGACAUCAAGGGAGUUGCUUGACCGCAACUGUGAUGCCCUUGGGUACCCACUCCAGUAACCAGCAUACAAAGGGGAGAGUUUAUGAUAAACCAGUGCAUACUUAGACUGUAUAAACUGCCACAGUGAAAAUUCUCCAAAGACAUACAUUUUUUUUUUUUUUCUUUUCUUUUUAUAAUUUAGACUAAUAAAGACUAGAUUUGUUGAUUGUGCUUCAAGUGUAUGGGCCCAGCAGUUAAAAUGUUGGGUUUUGUUAGUUUGAUAUAGUACUGCAAGAGUAAGAAGGUCUUCAAAGUCAAGAUGAAAAAGGUUGAAAAUCAGUAUCAAGGAAUAUUUCUUUUUAAAAUUUGGUGACUGAAAAGUAUGUGAUACGUGUAGUAAACAAAUGUUGAGAGGUUUUAUUUAAUGAAAAUGGUGAAUCUUAAAGAGGUCUUAAGACCGUGAAAGUCCUGUGUGAUUACUACAGACAUUCUUUCUCAUGUAGUAUGUCCCCCUAUUUUUAUGUAAAUGUUCUAUGUGUUAAGUUGUGAUAUGUUAAAAUAAGUAAGGUUUUAAAUAAAGUACAUUAUUUGAAUUUUA